ACAGUACUUACAUCUUCAUGGUCUAAACUCUUCUGUACAAUGAGUGGUCAUGUACUGAUUCUGGAAUGUGGAUGUGUGCUAUAAUGCUGGGUUGGUUUGGUAAACUGCUAUUCGUUUGUGCUGUGGUUGGACUUAACCAUGAAGGCCAAGCCAGGAGAGCUGGAGAAGAAGUGGAGGAAGAUGGUUUUCAGGAACUGGAUGAGGAGAAGACAAAGAGACUAAGUGAUGGUAAGGACAAGCAUAUCCCCGCUAUACCAAGACCCCAGGAGUCAGCUGUCCCUCUCCAGUUCUACACGGCUCCCCAUAACUGUAACCCUCAUAACUACAGUUACAUCAUCAACCAGCCUACUCUGUGCCUGGACCACAAAGAGGUGUUACUGCUGGUCAUGAUCCGCUCAAUCUUCUCUCACUAUGACCGCCGCAUGGCCAUGAGGGAGACCUGGGCCAUGCAAGAGAACUUCAAGAAUCUCACCGUCAAAUUUGUCUUUCUUUUCGCCCAGCCAGCAGACACACAGAUCCAAAGGGCACUUACCAGAGAGAGCCAAAUUUUCGAUGAUAUUAUUCAGGAAGACUUUGAAGAGUCCUACUCAAACUUGACCCUGAAAACUGUCAUGGCAUGGAAAUGGGCCAAAACCUACUGUCCUCAUGCCAGUUUUGUCAUGGUAGGCGAUGACUCUAUUAUAGUCGACACCCACAAACUUGUCCAGUACUUGCUCUCUGAGAUAUCCUUGGAGACCACUAAGGAUCACUUCACACUGUGUUAUCUAUUCCCAUGCUGCACCAGGGCCAUCCACGGUCGUUCUAAAUACGCCGUGUCUGUUAAAAAGUACCCCGGUUCAGCGUAUCCUGCCUAUUGUUCAGGAACAGCUUAUGUUGUGUCAUCUGACAUCAUCACUAAACUCUACCUAAUGUCCCUUGACACACCUUCUUUUAUGCCUGAUGAUGCCUGGACAGGUGUCCUUGUGGAAAAAUUGGGUUUGAAAUUCAAGGAUACGUUUGAGGCAUAUGUGGGCAUUUCCACCAAGGAUUCUGUGAUGGCAACAUAUUUACACCCUUCGUACGCUCACGGCCCAAUCAUGAUAGGAAUACUGGACUAUCACUUUGCUGGGAAGGAAGCCUCAAUGAUGCGCUCCCUAUGGAGGACGAUUAUGCAGUCAAAAGACCAAUCCAUUCCCCUGGGCAAGUUUCCUGUGGGCCUGGAAGUUACACAAAGUCCUGAAGUGCAGACGAACAAUGUGUGGAUGUUUGCCAUCUUACUCAUGUUUGUCGACGUAGGGGUGAUAUUUUUUAUAUUUUUUAUGGUGUUCUGGCGAAAGCGACGCAAAUGAGCAGAAUCUAACCAAAGCACGGCCAACCACGCAGACAUGCCAUGGCUCAGCAGGAUCAACCACACAAACAUACCUGGACUCACCACAGCCAGCCAUACCUACAUGUACCUUGAUUCAGCAGGACCAGCCACAUAGACAUACAUGUACCUUGACUCAGGACAGUCAACUACACAGACAUGCCUUCACUCAGGAUGGCCAAGCACACAGACAGGCCUUGACUCAGCAGGGCCAAGCACACACAGAUUUCUUGACCAGACCCCUGGCCAGGAUUUGAAAAGGGCACGGUGGAAUAUCUAUCUUAAAGGGCAUGCACCGUGAGUGUAGUGAGUGUCACUAUAAGGCCGGGGUCCAGGUAUGCUCUGAGAUGCAAUCUAAGCCAUUUAUAGCCAUUAAAUUUUACCAGAAUUUCACUAUAUUUCAUGUGGAGAAAAACAGUUUUUCACAGUUAGUCAGUGUCAAAUCCAGGAAUUUUUGUAGCGUCAAAUCAAAUGACACUUGUAAACUGAAAACUUGAAGAUAAAUUUGGUGUAAUUAUGCUGACUUAAUGUGCAAAUAUAACAUUUCUAUUCAUCCUUUUGCAGAUAACCAUUUUCAAAGUGCAAAAAAUUCAGAAUUUCUGAAUUUCAU